UAUAUAUGCAUUUGCAAAACACUUGUUUCUUUGAAUCACCACAUAACUUGACUGAGGAGAUUGCAAUGGCAGAGAGAGUGGCAAUAGGAAUUGAUCUAGGAACCACAAACUCGUGCGUUGGUGUGUGGCGUCAUGGUCGAGUGGAGAUCAUUGUGAACGAUCAAGGCAACAGAACAACACCCUCUUACGUUGCCUUCAAAGGCACCAAAAGAAUGAUCGGUGAUGCUGCUAAAAACCAGGCCACAACCAACCCCACUAACCCUGUCUUCGAUGCAAAGCGAUUAAUAGGUAGAAGAUUUGGCAAUUCUGAGGUUCAGAAUGACAUGCAGCUAUGGCCAUUCAAAGUUAUUAGUGAUGCUAACAACAAACCCAUGAUUGUUGUUAAUUACAAUCGUGAGGAAAAACAUUUUUGUGCUGAGGAAAUCUCAUCCAUGGUCUUGGCAAAGAUGCAUGAGAUUGCAGAAGAUUUCCUCAGAUCAAAAGUGAAGAAUGUUGUAAUCACUGUGCCUGCAUGCUUCAAUGACUCUCAGCGCCAAGCUACCAAAGAUGCUGGAACCAUUGCUGGCCUCAAUGUCAUGAGAAUAAUCCCUGAACCUACUGCAGCAGCUAUUGCAUAUUGCCUCGACAAGAAAUACUGUGGAAGAAAAAAUGUUGUCAUCUUUGAUCUGGGUGGUGGUACUUUGGAUGUUUCUCUUCUCACAAUUGAGAAAAAUAAUAUCGAAGUUAAGGCCAUUGCUGGAGACACUCACCUUGGUGGAGUGGAUUUUGAUAACAAAAUGAUGAACCAUUUUGUAAACGAGUUUGAAAUGGACAUUAGUGGGGACCCAAGAGCCCUUAGGAGGUUGAGGACUACUUGUGAGAAAGCAAAGAGGGAACUCUCUAGCACUAAUGAGACCAUCAUUGAGGUAGACUCUUUGUAUCAAGGUAUUGAUCUCCAUUCAUCAAUGAGUCGUGCAGAGUUUGAGGAACUUAACCAGGAGUACUUUAACAGGUGUAUGGAGCUUGUAGAGAAGUGUCUAAUAGAUGCUAAGAUGGACAAGAGUAGUGUUGAUGAUGUUGUCCUUGUGGGUGGUUCUACUAAGAUUCCCAAAGUGCAACAGCUAUUGAGGAACUUCUUUGAUGGCAAAGUUCUAUGCAAGUGCAUCAACCCUGAUGAGGCUAUUGCUUGUGGUGCUGCUGUGUUAGCUUCUAAAUUGAGUGGUGAGUGCUGUGAGAAGGUUAGAGACUUGUCACUUGGAGAAGUAACUCCUUUGUCCCUUGGAGUACAGACACAUGAAGGAAUCAUGAAUACAAUAAUUCCUAGGAACACUCUCAUUCCUAUAAAGAUGGAAGUAGUGUUCACUACACAUGUUGAUAACCAAACCAAUAUCUGGAUUCAAGUUUACGAGGGUGAGAGGCAAACAGCUGUGGACAACAACUUUCUAGGUGAGUUGGUAUUGGAAAUUCCUCCAGCUAGAAGGUUUGUUGGGUUUGAAGUUGAUUAUGAUGGCAUCUUACAUGUCUCUGCUAAGGAGAAAAGCAGUGGAGUAAAUGAGAGGGUUACCGUAAUAAAUCACAAGGGAAGGUUAUCAAGAGGAGAGAUAAAAAGAAUGAUCUCAGAAGCUGAGAAAUACAAGGAUGAAGAUGAGAGGUAUAAGAAGAAUGAAGAAGCAUGGGAUGAAUUGGAGAGAGAUGCAUUCGAAAUGAAAAAUGAUAUAAAUGAUAAGGAGAUUAAUUGGACUCUUUCCAAGGAACAAGAGAGAAAAAUCAACAAUGCAAUUGAAUUUGCCUUAAAAUUCCUUGAGGAGAAUAUGGAUGCAAAAGAAGAAAAAAAUAUUGACAAAAUACGGAGUGUUCUUUCAUAUGUCUCUGAUGUAAUUAUUAAGAAUCUCAAGUGUAAGGCUAAUAGUGGGCCUUCAGGUACUGAUGCUGCCUCGCCUUCAGGUAUUCCUGCUGCCCGGCCUUCAGGUAUGCCUGCUGCCUCUGCCAGUAAGGGUAGAAAUCUUGGCUGGGUAAAAAAAUUGGCCCACUUUGCUCUCCAUGCAUCUCAUGCAGCUCAUGCAGUUCAUGGAGCUCAUGUGGUUGUUUCUACAAUUACUAACAGUAUGUCAAAUUAAUUAGUUGAUUAGAACUUAAUAAAGUCUCCAUAGAGUAAGUAGUAACUUGAAUUGGGAGAAUGAAAAUGUAAUGGAAGAAACCAAUAGCUUCUUCUUGUUCUUGUAGUAUGUGUUUGAUGAACCAAUGUUUCUAAAUUUGAAUUGAAUGAACUUCAUUACCUAUGCAAUUGAUUU